AUGCCUCCGAGCAUCUCUGUUGCAGACACGGAGCCAUACAGAGUCACUACUUGUCUAUUUCAAAAAGAGGAUUACAUCGAAAGCAGAACUAUAGGCGAUCCGGAAAGAGCUUCAUCGGUGCGCAAUAUCGUUGCUGGGUUUCAACAGAGGCAGUUUGCUCAAGUACCACCCUACGUACAAGGUUAG